UAAUACAACAAACUGUCUAUACUGUCUAUAAUACACAACAUUUMAAUUUCUUAGUUUCUCACUAGGUAGUUACCAUAGGUUCAUUUCUUACACUUGUGUAAUUCAAAUAUUCUUAGUUCCUACUGAGUUGUUUGAGAUAGAAAUUUGACGUUUGACUAUCAAUUUUGCUGCUACAUAUAAUCGAUUUAUUAAUAUGAAUUUAAAUAUCCAUAGCUUAAUAAUUUUACUAUUGUGGCCUCAAGUAUGAUUUGUUAGUUUUAAUAAUGCGUAAAAAUGAUAGAAUACUCAGAUCCAGAAUUUGAAAAGAAGCUGAUGCUCCUAAAAGACACUCAAGAUGCUAUUCAAUCAUUGUCUGCAUGGUGCCUUAAGCGACAUGAAUAUUACAAAAGCAUAAUCAGUAUCUGGCUAAAGGCUAUUCGGAAGGUGAAGAUCGAGAAACGUUUGACUUUGUUUUAUUUAGCCAAUGAUGUCAUACAAUAUAGUAAGAAAAAGAAUUACAAGUUUAUUGAUGGAUGGGCAACUGCUAUUCAAAAAGCUAUACCUUAUGUCAGAGAUGAAAAAAUACAAUCUAAAAUUUCAAGAAUUAUUAAAAUUUGGGAAGAACGUGGUGUUUAUGAUGAUAGUUAUUUAGCUGAUUUAAUUGGUUUAUUAACUACACCUAUUCAGAAGUUAAAAUUAGCUGAUCCUGUACAAGAGUUUCAAAUACAUGCAUUAGCAGUUAAAAUACGUUCGUGUGUUAAAUUGGAACAGAUUACAGAUUUAAAGAUGAAAAACUUAAGAGAAGCUAAUCUGCCUCUUACUAAUAAUGAAGCUAUACAAAACAUGUUAAAAGACCGAACACGGAGUCAUGAAUUUCUGAAUGAAUUAAAUGAUGGUAUGUCAAAAAUUGAAAGUUACAUUAAAUGCCUCAAACGAGAAACUAUUGAUCGUGCUCAAYUAAUAGAUUCUUUAGAAGUUGCUACAUCUUAUUAUGAAGAACAAAAUGGCGAAGUUAAAACUGUUGCUCAAGCAUAUUUCAACUACACUAAAAGAGUAAAACUUCUAAAGAGUAAAUUGGAGUCCUUAGUUGGUUCUAUGCCAACUGAUAGUCCAAUGCCUUCACCUGAUAUUAAUGCACCAUCCCCUUCGACAUCUUCAGUGUCUAUUGAAGAUUUAAACAUGCAUAAUAUCAAUUAUGACACUGUAUUAAACUCUGAUAAAUAUACGAUGAAUUCUUCGAUGGAAAAUAGUAUUAAUGAUACUGAUAUUUAUGUGCCCACUACAGUUAUCAAUAAUAUCAAGUCAUAUAUUACUCCUGAAAAGUAUACUGCUGUUCAGGAAUUAUACGAUCCAGCUUCUGUGAAUUUUCCUGCGAUAGAAAAUCAAGAUCAACAAUCAUUAACUAGCCAGUUUCCAUAUGAUGCUCCAUCACCGCCUCCAGAUGAGACUUUUGCAUACUCRACAUUUCCCAAUCAAACAAAUGUAUCAUAUAGUAAUGAUAUGAAUGACCAUAAUAAAAGUUCUACAUAUUCUACAAGUAAUUAUGAAGCUUAUGUACCUACUCCAAUGUCAUCUAGUCAACAAUUUAUUACAUCUGAAUUCCCUAAUAUGGUACCUCCUACUGGUGCAUCAUCACUUAUAAAUGAAAAUGCUAUACCAGUAACUCAUGUUCCACAAACGGCUUGGGAUGUACCUGUAGAUAAUGAUUGGUCAACAAAUGACACACCGGCAUCACCUCCUUUUCAUGAGAAAAUCUCCUAUCAAAACACUCCUAUUAUCAGUAAAACCGAYGGAGGACCAGGAAUAGAUCACUGUGUUUUAGCAUCAAAAAUAAUAGAUAGAGAUGAACGAAUUUCUCAAGAAAUUAUGACUAAAACUUCUGAUAUUGACCACAGAAACUUAAUAAGUUUGACACAUUCUCCUCAUAUGAAUUCAUCAGUGGUAUCUGUUGAUGUAGAUUACCGAGCAUUUCCUGGUAUUCCUAUGCCACCAUCACCACCGGCUUUGCUUAUGGAAGCAGUCAGUAAACCGCCAAAAGAUAAUGUAGAAAGUGUUGAUAUGGAUUUGAGUGAUGAUGAUGAAAAACCUAAAUCAAAUCAUGAUCAAAAACAUCCUGUACUAUUACCUCCACCACUUCCACCACCUAUGCCUUUUGACUUUGACCAACAAAGUGUACCAGAUAUUACAAACCAUUGGGAACAACCUUCACAACCAUGGAGUAAUGAUAGACCCAGUUUUAAUGAAAACCAGUGGAAUAUGGAGCAAUCUGAUCAAUGGAAACAUCCUAACCAGUGGGAACAAGAACAAAGUGAUUCAAACUUUGUAAACAAUCAACCUCAACUUCAGUGGCCUCAACAUGUUCAGAGAAGUCAAUCCCAAGGAGAUUUUAGGCCAAAAUGGAAGAGAGGAAUAAGUAAUUGGCCAAGAGGCCCUAGAAAUUUCAUUCCACAUUCUAGACCUACCGGUAGAUGGAAUCAGGGACCCCGUUUUGGACCGAGGAAUCAACCUUGGUAAGUGAACUGUUUUAAGUUAGACUUAGACUGAACUGAGAAAAUGUAUAUUAUUAUAAUUUAAUAACACUAAGAAUUGCUGUUGUUAACAUCGAGGAACUACCCAAGUUGCUUGAACAUUUUUGUUUCAUUGUUAUAUAUUUGUAUACUAAUAAUAUAAGUUGAUUAUUAUUUACAAAAAAGUGAUGUUUAUUAAUUACAUUAAAAAGAAUUUUUUUAUUUAUAUUUGUUAUUACUUUGACAAUUGUAUCAUACCUGCAGCAUCUAACUGAUCACGAAUCUCGUUUUUUCAUUGUU